AAUAUGAAAUUCCUUAUUGUUUUUGCUGCUUUAAUUACUGUAUGCAUUGCUGCCCCAGCUGGUAACGAUGUUGCAGCAACAUCUGUGCGUGAUAUUAGGGAAAAUAAUGGAAUUGACAAAUACGAUUUCGACUUCGAGACUAGUGGAGGUAUUCAACGUCAGGAACAUGGUGUUUUGCAAAAAUUCGGUGAAAACUCUGCUGUUGUUGUGAAUGGAAUUGCAUCGUGGACCUCACCCGAGGGAAUUGUCAUUGUAAUGAAAUUCACUGCUGAUGAAAAUGGAUACCAUCCAAUUGUUUAAA